AUAUGAUUAUAAAAUACAAUUCAUGAAAUUGUCGGGAUCGUUUAAUUUUUUCUUGCAGUGUGAACGAAAUAACCGAUUGUUCGAUGAUUGACAAUUUCGAUUGAUGUAAUUAUUAAACUUUGAACGCUCCAUUAACCCAACUAAAACUACCUCAAUUAAGAUGUAUUUUAGAUACACGUACACACAUAUGUAUAUAUACCAACCAACAGAUAAUAUCGCUCUAGUUUGUGUCGGGAUCAUCAUGCGUUUGAGGCUAACUCUUUCAAUAGUUCUCCUAAUAUGGUUGGCAUAUAUCCUCCAUACUGGAGCUAUUGUCUUCAAACUGACAAAUGCUGUGUGCGAGUCGUAUAACAAAUCAUGGGUUGUGGUUCACAAUUGCCGCCUGCAUGCCAUUAAUCGGAAUAAGACCAUCAUGAAUAUGAAUUUGACAUUCUUGUAUCCCGUAUCCAAUAUUCAAGUGCGUUUACAAUUGAAGAAAAGAGCAAAUGGCUAUAAGCCUUUCCUCUAUGACUACACUUUUGAUGCCUGUGAAUUUAUGCGUAAACACAAUCAUCCUGUGGUUAAUGUUAUCUUGAAUCUUAUCAAGGAUGUCUCCACAGUGAAUCAUACGUGCCCGUAUGAGGGUACCCAACUUUUAAAAAAUUUUUAUCUGCGGACAGAAAAGAUGCCAGUCAUUUUACCCACUGGUGACUAUUUGUUAUCCCUAACUUGGAUGUUUUACCGCCGAAAGCAAUUUAUAACUGACGUUUACUUCAAUUAUGUGGAAGAUUGGUAAAUUCGAACAAUUAUCCCACUUAAUGAGGCGUAUAAAGUAUUUUAAAUAAAGUUAUAAUUUG